AUGGAUAUCAAAGCAGAACCUAAUGAUCUCGGCGUAGGAGAAAUAAAAGAAACUGAAUAUAUAUUUGCUGCUCCAUUAGGCGUCGUUAAAGUAGAGCCCCCCGACGAGGAUGUUCCAGUGGAAGUGCCUGAAAUAUAUGAUACAGAAGUAAAAGCUGACAAUUUUUUCAUAACAAAAACCGACUUGGACAAAAUAAAUAAACCCAAACGACCAGUUAGGAAAACUAAGAAACCCAGUAAACAAAGAGUUACAAAACCUGUACCGGAAAGCUUAAAAUUAGUUAAUAUCAAAGAUAAUAUUAACGAAGUUAAAGUUUUGUCAGUAAAUAUAGACGAUCUCGAUGAUAUUAAAGAUGAAGUAGAUGAAGUGAAGGUUAAGGUUGAGUUAGUCAGUGAAGAUUAUGAUCUAACAAAAGCUGAAGAAACAACUCGUUUGAAUCAACCCAGCAGUAGCAAGCUUCAAAGACGAUCGAAAGGUACUAAAAGGAAAAGAAAAGUUGAAAAAUCAUCGAAGAAGAAAACAAGGUAUCCCUGUCCAGUUUGCAAAAAAAGUUUUCCUUCAACUGUUCCCCUACGAAGCCACUUCAGUUCUCAUUUCGGAUCAGUCUGGGUAGUUUGCUAUUUUUGCGGUAAGCUCUCGUUUACCAAAAACGAUUUUAUCCAACACUUCUUUAAACAUUUCACAAAGUCACAUUUGACAGAGCUCAAGCAGAAACAGCCGGGUAAUUUCGCUAAAAAGAAAAAGAUUGCUAACGGAUUGAGAAAUAAACGGAAAAAAGAGUCUGAGUAUAGUAAAUUAGUAUUUAGAUAUUAUAUAAACUUUGUUAGUAGGUUUAAGAAAAGGAUGUUUUCCUUUAACCAGAUGUUUAAAGAUCACUUUGACUUUUUUGCGAAUCUCAUAGCACCUCCUGAAGAUCCUGAAGCUCCUGAGAAGCCUUUUAAGUGCGAAAUUUGUGAUAAAGGCUACACACGAAAAGCGGCUCUUAAAAACCACGUUGCGACUCACAGUAACGAGACUGUGUUUAGUUGUGAGUUGUGCCCCAAAAAGUUCGCCGUUAAACGACAUUUGACGAAACACGUCAAUAAUCACGCGGUAGAAAAACCGUUCAAGUGUGAGAUUUGCUUGAAGUCUUUUCUAUACAAGAACGAAAUCAUUCGCCAUCAUCGAGUCCAUACAGGUGAAAAGCCGUUCAAAUGUGACGUUUGUGGCCAAGGCUUCACGCAACAAUCGCAAAUUCCUCGUCACAUGCUCACUCAUACCGGAGAGAAGUACGAGUGCAAUGUUUGUUUUAAGUCGUAUACGCAAAAAUGUACACUAACGGCGCACAUGAAACGUCACACUGGAAAAGAUCUCUUCACCUGCCCCGUAUGCUCGAAACAGUUCGUUCAAAACGUCGAACUAAAACGACAUUUAACCAUACACAGUGCUAAAAAACCAUUCGAGUGCGAGAUUUGCCAAAAGGGCUUCAGUCAAAGAUCCUACUUGAUCUAUCACAUGAAUCUCCACACCGGCGAAAGACCGUACAAGUGUGACAUCUGCGGCAAAACUUUCGCCCAGCUGCCGAUCCUCACCGGUCAUUUAAAAAUACACACGGGAAUAAAACCGUUCGAGUGCCAAACUUGUUUGAAACGAUUCUUGAAGAGAUCCAAACUGGUGCUGCACAUGAAGACCCACACCGGUGAAAAGUCCUACAAAUGCGACGAUUGUGGCAAACUGUUCGCGAAGAAAUCCAGUUUGAACUAUCACGUUAAAAUGCAUACCGGGGAGAGGUCUUUCAAAUGUGACUUGUGUCCAGAGUCGUUUCUUCAAAAAAGACUGCUGAAAACUCACUUGAAAAAACAUUCUACCUUCAUUAAAGUCGAACCCGUGUCAUAA